AGAGUUUUUCUUCAUCUUCUCUUCCAUCAUCAACACCAAGCCAACCCCCGCCAAUCAUGUCACUCCCAACUUCUUCUCCAUCGAAGAAGAUCACCCUCAGAUCCUCCGAUGAUGAGAUAUUUGAAGUAGAUGAAGAAGUCUUAUUGGAGUGCCAAACCAUCAAGCACAUGAUAGAUGAUGGCUGUGCCAACUCAAUCAUCCCAUUGCCGAAUGUGACCGGAAGAAUAAUGGUGAAGGUCAUAGAGUACUGCAAGAGGCAUCUGGAGGUGGCUGAAGAUAAGGAUGAGAUUUUCCCCAUAGAUGGGCAUCAAGCACUCAAGGACUGGGAUAUUAAGUUUGUGAAAGAAGUUAAGCAAGACCAAGCCGUUCUCUUUGGCUUGAUAAUGGCUGCAAACUAUCUGGACAUGAAGAACCUAAUGGAUUUAUUGUGCAAAAGCGUGGCUGAUAUGAUGAGGGGAAAAAGUCCGGAGGAGAUUCGAGAGAUUUUUCACAUCAAGAAUGACUUCACACCAGAGGAAGAAGAAGAAGUUCGUAAAGAGAAUCAGUGGGCUUUUGAGUAGUGUAGUGACUUACCCAUCGUAGAUUUUAUUUAGAUAACUUAUAUUUUAGGGUUUAUUAUUAGUAUUAUAUGCAAUGGCUUCCUU